CUGCCAUUCAAGGUCAAACGCUAAAAAAUUUUGCUAGAGAGAACACAACAAUGUCAUUGACUUAAUAUCCACAUAUAUAAUAUUAAAGUGAGAAGUUAGCAACAGUGGUAUAUAGAGUCGAGCCUUUCUUAACCAAGAAUGGAAAUGGAGAGGGAAAGGGAAGGUCAAUUGAGGGAGGUAGAAGUGAAGAUAGAAAAAGAGGCCGAGACAGCAGAAGCCGAAGCCGAAGCUGAAACUGAAGCUGAAGGGGGCUUGGUAGAAAGGUGGCGUUUCCAACGUUUCAGCACCACUACCGCCAGUAAUGGCACUGGCCAUGGUGUGUUCACGGAGCAAUCAGUUGGAGAUGAGGCUAUCCUUAUUGAAAGAGGUACGAGAGAAAUUAUUGUUGGAGUUGAAGAUAUUAUUAGCACUCCUGUUGUUAAUCCUAAUCCUCCAGCUUCCAAGGACUCAGUUCAGGAGCAAGAUGCAAAUGCUAGUCCUUCUAUCAACAUUGAGACAACUGAACAUGGAAGUGAACUGAGAGCCACCGAACUGUAUUUUGAAGCACUAUACAAUAAGCCGGGUAAACAUGCUUUCUACUGCCCAAACUGUAAAGCUUGCAUCGACAAGGUCCUUCUUCAGAGUACGGAAGAUGUCUUGAUUCCUCGCAGAAGAGAAAGAGACGACUAUGAACUGAGGUGCCCAUCAUGCUUCGAAUUUCUCAAACCUAUAGGAGACUGGAUAUUUCGGAAACCAGCAACUUCUGAACCAGGAAUUCACGAGGUUCUAUCUAAUGUAGCAAAGCCAACUGAUUCUAGAAUUCAAGAGCUUCCAUCCAAUGAAGCAAAGCCAACUGAAUCUAGAAGUUAUGAGAUUCCAUCCAAUGAAACAAAACCAACUGAUACUAGAAUUUACGAAAUUCUAUCCGAUGAAGCAAAACCAACUAAUUCUAAUAAAGCAAAACCAACCGGUUCUAGAAUUUACAAGAUUCCACCUGAUGAAGCAAAACCAACUGAUUCUAGAAGUUACGAGAUUCCAUCCAAUGGAGCCAAGCCUACUGAUUCUAGAAUUUAUGAGAUUCCACUUGAUGAAGCAAAACCAACCGAUUCUAGAAUUUAUGAGAUUCCACCCGCUGAAGCAAAACCAACCAAUUCUAGAAGUUACGAGAUUCUAUCUAAUGCAGUAAAGCCAACUGAUUCUAGAAUUUACAAGAUUCCACUCGACGAAGCAAAACCAACAAGUUCUAGAAUUUACGUGAUUCCACCCGAUGGAGCAAAACCUACUGAUUCUAAAAUUUCUGAGAUUCCAUUUGAUGAACCAAAGCCAACUGAAGGGGAGCAGGUAAUUGUAGUUGAUCCAUCACCACUGCCAGAAACAACUCCAUCACAACAAGGUGUUGUGAAGUACGAAAUCCUAAAAAGUUUAGUAUAUGGUGGUUUAAUUGAAUUAAUCACAAGCUUAGGUGUUGUGACCUCUGCAGCUAGUGCUGAUGCUACUACAUUGAACAUUGUAGCUCUGGCAUUGGCAAACCUGAUAACUGGAGUUUUUCUCAUUGGUCACAAUCUUCAAGAAUUGAAGAAUGAUCAAUCUACAGUGGUCUUGAACGAAACAGAUGAACAAGUGGAUCGGUAUCAAGAAUUACUGGGACAGAAAAGGAAUUUUGUUCUUCAUGCCUCAGUUGCCAUAUUAUCAUUCCUUGUUUUUGGUUUGGUGCCUCCUGUGGUCUAUGGCUUCUCAUUUUAUCAGAGUGACAACAGAAACCUUAAGCUCGCAGUAGCUGCAGCAGCUGGCCUUUUAUGCAUCACAGUACUUGCCAUAGUGAAAGCUUACACCCAAAAGCCAUCCAAGUGGAGCAUUUAUAUAACAACUAUACUUUACUACCUUUCUAUUGGGAUCGGAGCCUCCGGCAUUUCUUACUUGGCAGGUUACCUAGUCAGGAAACUCAUUGAGAAACUAGGUUGGUUUGAGUCAAGUGUAGCAACCAUUCAGCCCAUGAGUUUUGAGAAACUUGCGUGGGAAUCCUACUAAUAUCAUGGGUUUUAAACAUGAAGCUUGGCUCUGUUAUUGAUGUUGCAGGGUUGCAUUCAUUGUCAUUAGCAGUUCUUUUUUUUUUUUCCACCUUUGUUAUGUUUUUUUGAAGUUGUAGUCCUAUAUUAUUAUCAUCAGUGCUGUUAAGUAUGAUCUUACUCCUGAGCAACUGAUGCCUAUCGAUGUCUUUGGAUAUGAAACAUUGGCAUCUCGGUGGUUUUGACUAAUAUUUUAAAGCCACAAAUUUACUUUCUGAAGAUCAAAUUGUAACUGGGCACAAUUAGGGGGAUCAAGUAAGCAAGUUAUUGUUUAUUUAAAUCUAUAUGUUCAUUAA